AUGCCGUCAAGCCAGCCCGAAACCAGACAUGAGGAGUUGGCCUUCAGAAACGUUAAAACCGUGUCCAUCUCCGACGAGAAAGUUCAGCCCGAAAUAGUGGCUGUUCAAGAACCAGUUUCGGAACCGGACCAACCUGUCGAUGCCCCAAAUGAUGAAGAAGAUGAUGUACACAGACAGACAGCGGAGAGGAUCCUUGCUGUGCUUGAGCAAUACCUUCUCCCCAAGGCCCCCGAUGCCCAUGAUGGUUGGGCUCAAGGUGCCCCUAAGUUCAUCACAGUGAUCCGCAAGUUCGUCAAGGACGGCAAAGCGGUACAGAUGUGUCUGCCAGCAUUCCCGUGGAAGUCGGCCAAUACCGCGUAUAGGGUACUAGGCAAGCUGCCCGACAAGGGGGAGGAGGUGGCCCUAAAGCGGCUAAACGCUAUAUGUGAAGAUAUCGGCAACAUAUAUAAACCCGGAGCGAAGAUGCUUAUAGUCACAGCCGGGCUUGUUUACAAUGAUCUGCUCAGUAUCACGGACCGUGAAGUCUGGGCAUAUAGCGAGGCCUUGCGAUCUCUCGCUAAAUUGAGCGGUUGUACUCACCUCAGCUUCACUCAUCCAAAGGACCUUGUUCACAUUCCCGGACUACCGGCCAAGGUCGAGGAAAUGGUAUAUGUUGCCAACGCCUCUAACUUCCGACGAGCAUUGUUGAACAAGUUCAGUAACCCGAAGCUGGAUGUGGCCACGGAGAUUGUGGAGCAGGAAGAUACAAGGUUGAUCUACUGUGCCUAUACACAGCUGCUGGAGAAUGACCUUCGGUAUAUGUACAACCUGGACGAGCAUAAGAACGGCCUGAGAUAUCGCGACGAUGUCAAGUUCCUAGCUAGACAGCUGAUCAUUCGUGGAGACACGCUGGCGGCGGCAAUCAGGGACAAAUUCCCAGACCAUCUCCGCCUGAGUGUGCAUCAGUCGACGGGCGAGCAUAUGGUCUCCAUCAACCUGCUACCAACCAGCACUACAUAUACGAUACCCUGGCAGUGCAGUGUGGCAUAUCUGGCUGACGGAAGCCUCAUCAGUGGACCGAGGGCGAUCUUUGAGGAUAAUCCGAAGUUUGAGCUUGGUCGGGAGAAAAAUGGGAGACCGAGUUACUUCAAAGAGAAGGCUGUUAAAGUGGGGACGAAUGGAUUGGAAAGGAAAUAG